AUGUCUAGCCCGCAGUUUACACUCUACUCAACCGAGAUCGGCCCAAAUGGCUGGAAGGUUGCCAUGGUUCUGUCAGAACUUGGACUGACCUACAAGACCAUCUUCCUUGAUUUCUCAAAGAAUGAGCAGAAGGGCCCAGAGUUCACCAAGCUGAAUCCCAACGGACGUAUUCCUGCUCUCAUCGACCAUGCCAACAACGACUUUGUCCUAUGGGAGUCUAACGCCAUCAUCGAGUACAUCUGCGAGAAGUAUGACAAGGAGCGCAAGCUCUCGUUCGCCGACUUUGACAACCAAAACUUCACUCGACAAUGGCUGUACUUCCAGGCUUCAGGCCAGGGUCCGUACUACGGCCAGGCUGUGUGGUUCAUGAAACACCCCAACGGCGAGCCGCCGUCGGUGGUCGAGCGUUACCAAAACGAGACGCGGCGAGUCCUCAAGGUUCUCGAGAGCGUGCUCUCCAAGCAGGAGUGGCUGGUGGGUGGUAAACUCUCCGUGGCGGAUAUCGCUUUCCUGCAAUGGAAUACGAGCGCAGACCGGAUCAUCCUGGGCCCAGAGUUCAUGGACAAGGAGACUCCUCACGUCCGCAAGUGGAUGAACGCCAUGAUUGCCCGCCCGGCGAUCAAGAAGGUAAUGGAGGAGAGAGCCAAGCUUCUAUCCGGUUGA